AGCCUACGAAAACAGAUAUACCUGUUCGACUCUCAAGGUGUGGAUGAUCAUGGGAGAAGAACUGUUAAAGAACAGCAUCCUUGAUCAAUUUAUUAAUAGUCAUGAACAGUCAUAUGAAGAGUUCCUAAAUACAUUCACGUAUCUUUUGAAAGAGAAAGAGGGAAAAACAAUUCAGGGAAGUAAAGUGGACUCCUUAAGAAAAGAAAGUUCUACUUCUGAAUUACCAAACAGAAAUAAACGGCAUGGUUCACCUGAAAGAAGCAAAGAAAUGUGGGUGUCAUUUCCACCACGGACACCAAAUGAGAAUGAGACAGUGAUGAGUGAGAGCUCAGCAGCUGGUGUCUCUGAUGGAAAAAAUCUCAGUCUGUCUGAAAGAGUGCAGGUGGACAAGUACCUAAACUUGGAAGAUGUAGACACAGAAGAAGAGACAUGCAAUGCAGGGUCAUUACUUCUCCCAGGAGAGGUGGAAGAGACAGUGAUUUCCUGUACACCAUUCUUUGAUAAGCCUAUUCAGCCAAAGUUCAGAGCCGUGCCAGUUCCCCAGCCAUCAGACAGCAAAGUCCAAGAGCUACUGGGCGAUGAUGUUCAACCAUUCUCACUUGAUGAAGAAUUUGAUUAUGACAAUGUGGCACUGACCCCUAAGUUCUCUGAAGCUGAGCUGAAGGCCAUUAUGGAGUUGUCUGAAGAGAAAAUGGUACAGAUGUCAAAUCAGCACUACCUGAAGACUGAGUCAAAGGUGUUCUGUGCAGGGCAGUUGGAAUGACCUUUAUAUGGGAUGAAUGUAGCUCCUCGUUGUACCCUUAUUUAGUGUUCUUAUCUGCAUGGCCAGUAAAUGACAUCCCUGAGAUUUGUCAUUUAUUCUGUCAAGGUGCCUUGGAUCAUGUACUGGCUCAGGAUAGGUGUGCUGGAGUGUCUUCUCCAUGGAAGCAAAACAAGCUGGUGGAUUUCAGAAUAGCAAAGUGGCUACUCUUGCUUACAUCUGGUACUGACCUGGUUCCUGAGUAGUACAAAACUGGUACUAAAGCUGCCUUUUACCUCAUUCUUUCAGUAAUACAAUUAAGAGCUUUUUAACAGCUGACACAUUAGUCCAUGAAUUCUUUAAAUGUAUAGAGAUACAUGAGUGAAUAAAUCUGGGAACUUUUUUUUUUCUCUGUCGUUACUUCAGUUCUGCAGAAAAUAAAUACUCCUGUUUCCAACAAACUUUUUGUGUAAAUCAAAUCUGAUGUGGUACAACUCCUAAAAUUAAAACAGUAACUGCUCAAAUCACCCCCCUCUCCACAGAGGAAAAAAUAGCAAUCUCAUCCAUUAAAGGAAUUGGCACUGAAAGGCUGUCAGAUAUUACAUUUUUUCACAGGAGAUGAUUCCAAAUAACAGCUUAUAGCUUACAGUCUGCAUCACUGAAAUACAGCAAGCUGGAUUUGAGUAAAGGUCAGUUAUAUGGGUGGGAGAGGAGAGUGUGCAUCUCUGACACAAGGUAGUAUGUACUACUUCUCUGAGGAGUUUAGAAUCCUUUGUUUUCAGCUAGCUGUAGAAGCUUUGCUGUUGAGGCUUGGUUUAACAUCACAACACUGCAUUGUAUUCUUGGUCCUUUUCCGGUAUACCUGCAUUCACUGAAGUUUACUGACCAACAUUUUGUCCUUGACCUCUCUCUAUUAUUUCUGAAGUGGGUGGUUAGCAUGAUAAAUAUGGGAAGAGUGCCUGAGCAGACUAACAGGGCACCAAAGCAGAGGUUUAUUUAAAGGCUGUGGAUGAAUUUUCUGUGGCCGAUUGGCUGUUUCAUUACAGUAAUUUCUAAAAGCAAAGAAAGGCCUUCAGAUGUUCCAAAGGAGAUUUUCUGGAUCACUGAUUUUGUAAACCAUGCUCAACUGAAAUCUGAAUAGCAUUGGUUUUGAGGAAUGGUAUUUACCUUGACUGGGGAUAUAAUUUAAGAGUGAGAGUCCAAAAAAAAAAAAAAAAAUCCAACCAAAAAAAAACCCAAAAACCAGAAAAGAAAGAGAUCUCACAGAAGAUAGCUAACAAGACUGAUACCAAAUUACAAAUAUGUUGUAUAGAAAAACUGGUUUGUACAGGACCUUGCUGGUGGAAGGUAAUGAGAAAUUUUUUUAACACCUACACUCAAAAAGAUACCUCUGCUGUAGUUCAAAUGUUUUUUAAAAUGUCAUUGGCUGUGUAGCAGAUUCUGCUGGGUUUUCUGAAACUUUUUAAAAAUGUGAAUUUAUUUUAAUUCAAUAAAGUAUUUUGCUGGACCCAAGGUAUUUAAAAUUAAAUGGUUUAGAUCCAGCUGGAGUUUUCCAGUGCUACCUUAAAGUUAAAAAAAUUCUGAACAGAUCUAAUUAUUAAUUCAUCUUCUUCUGAAGGACACAGAUGAUAUAUAUAAAUCAAAAGCAUAAGAAGUAAGUUCUGGAAGAGCUCCAUAACAAAUCUGGGAGAAAGGAAAGGAGAAGUACUGUAAAAUGAUAGCAAGGUCAGCCUUUGAAAGCCUCAACAGAAAAAUAAGGGAGACAACCUCAUUAACAUAUGUAUGUGUACCAAAGAUAAUGUAAGGAACCUUCUGCGUGAGAGAUCUCUCUGUGCAGAGUUUGCUAUCCUGCAGACAAAGUAUCAGCCAUAAAGGUGAACAUUUGUUGCUUUGUGGAGUGGUGAAUUAGGUGCUUUUUGUGUGCGGCUUUUUAGAAAGGCGUGAGUCACACGAGCUAGAGAUCAGUCUUGUGGGAGUCCUGUAGCCAGUAGAGUCAAUGAGAAAACUUGUCUAGGGGUUUGUAAUAUUCUUCAGGCCACAUCAGCUCUGGAAUCUCUUAAGUGCAUUUUCUAUUCAUUUCAUUAUCAAUUUUUCACUGUACAUUGGGGAUACAUCCAGCCAUUCAGUUCCUUCUCUCAUAAGCAGAUGAUUCUUACCAAAUGUUCAGAGUACCUAUUAUGCUCCAUAAGUGUCAUUCAGUAUAGUCAUUAUAUGGUUUCCUUUGAUAUAAAGAAACACUUUUCUGCAGAAUACCCAACAAAAUUGGAACUCUUUAGUGACAUUCAUCUUAUACAGAGAAAUGGGAAUAAUUCACUUACAUUUACACCACUCAUGAGUUAGAUUUUUACUCUUUGUUAACAGGCAUGAAUAUCACAGUGAAGAUUAGGCAAUUUAGGCUACAUUUUCUGUACAUGACAUUUUAUUGGCCUGCCCCUGUGGUUGUUUUUGGCUUGUACCAAAUUUGAUUACCUUUCACAGAGGAGGCAUAUUUUCCUCUUAGCCAUUACCAGGUUGUCAUUUUUAAGAACAUACUUUAUGUGCAUGUUAAAUUUUAUACUUGCUCAUGGAGUUAGUUACCUGGAAUUGUUUUAGUGUUUGUGAGGUGGUUUGAAGUCUGAAUAAAAUAUAUCUUUUCCUCUUGUA